UUGUGUACAUUUUCUGUGAAUAAUGUGGCAGCUUUCACGGGAUUAUAUUCUGUUUUUUCCUUGUGAAUUUUAAGAAUAGACCUCGGAGGUUCCUUCGGGUGCGUCGUUGUAUGUGAAGACACCAACAACUAGAGUUUCUGGUUGUGAAACGACUGAAGGAAGGAGGUUCUUAACUAAUCUACUACCGUCAUUUGUUGAGGAGAGAGUUGACCGACUCUGCUACACGUACGUACUACAUGUACAUACAGUCAGCAUGGUCAGUGUGAUGUGGGAGUGAAUUGUGUAUCCCAUUCUCAAUCUAUGCAGUCAGUCAGCCGACAGUUUACGAACCUUAUUUCAACUUCUGAAGAUUUUGACACAAUUAACUAUGUCCUUCCCUGCUUCUCACAAAACCGUCUACGUCCUGGACCAUGGGCCAUUUUUUGCAGAGUCAUGUGAACACCCAGUUGAAUUUGACGUUGUUGCUCUGAGUAAGACUCGAUCUACAGGUUUCAUACCCUUGGCGCCAUUCUGUAAGUCGUUGUGGACAUGUAGCAUCGAGUCCGUUCUGGAGUACUGCAGGGUUGUAUUUGACAUCUUCCCGAAGGGAAAGUUGAUCAGUGUUUUGGCGAGUGACACACAGGCAAGGCCUCUCAAUACAUGGAACCAAGAGGACCAGAAUAUUUCUCAGCUGAUGGUGUCCCUAGCAGGUUUACCUCCCCUCCGUGGCCCUAAGAACAACGAUGCCAGCAUCCUCAACGGUCUAUCGUCUGCUGUGGAGGUGAUGACUGCAGGAACUGACCUGCAGCUGCAGACUCAAGUGGCGCUGAACGAAGAGGAAGGAGGCGAAAAGGUACUCAACAGAGGUCACAUCAUCUGUAUCACCUCGGUUAAAAGUGAAUCUCACGGUGAUAUGUUGAUAGAGUGUGUUCGGGAUACUAUUGCACAACAGAAUAAAUUGCUGCUGUCAGGAGAUAAUGAAAACCUCAUACCUAUCACCAACUGUCAACUGACUCUCAUAAACGUCCUCCCCACGAAUAAAGAAGGAGCAGUCAAGGACAGACCCCCCACAGUGCUAUCAUCGCACCUCACUGCUGAGAUACACUCUGCCAAAGCUGGACGGCACCUCGCUAAUAAACUCUCCCAGCUGGUACAGAAACACUACGACUUGGCUAUUACCACAGUAACCGGCAUUCCAAUGAAGGAGGAGCAAAAUGCUAUGAGUUCGGCCAAUUAUGACGUGGAGCUACUCCACCUUAAGGAAGCGCAUUUUGACUUACGCAAACUGGAAUCCGUCAUGACCAAUCAGCCGGAGCCAGAGCCUUCAAACACCAUGGUGAUCUCAACCAAAGGGCCUGUUGCCACAGUAACAAAGUCACCAGAGAGUAACAAUAUCUUGUUGAAGUGGUGUCAACCGCGCUCCAGCUCAGUAGAAUUGCUUCAUUGCGGAGGAGCUUACAGAGUUUCACCUGUUGGGGUUAACAGCCGACACUCUGUCUGCCUGACCAACUUCCUCCUGAACGGACGUCAGGUGAUGUUAGAGCAACCCCGUAAGGUUGGCAGCAAGGUCAUCUCCCACAUGUUGGCCAGCCACGGAGGGGAGAUCUUCCUCCACUGCUUAGCGACCUCUAGGUCCAGCCUCGAAGACCCACCGUCCAUCAGCGAGGGGUGCGGCGGCCGGGUGACGGAUUAUCGGAUUACAGAUUUCGGGGAGUUUAUGAGGGAGAAUCGGUUGGCGCCGUGCCAACCAACACCAGAAACGGAAGAAGAAGCUCCGAUUGAAAGAGCCAAGUCCCAGCUGGAGCGGAUGACGAGACUUUGGCCAAUGGUGAUCAGUAACACUAUCAUCUUUAACAUGCCAUCGCAUUUAGAUCCCUUGCCUACCCUCAUCACUAAAUCGGUCUUGACAGACGAUGAGGUAUUAGAGUGUAAGAAAGCUGUCUAUCACGUGGUUGGCAUGGAAACCAGGAAUGAACCACUUCCAGUGCCUACUAUGGGGUCAAGGGGCAAAGGUCCGAAGAGAGAGGAGCAGUACAGACAGAUGUGGUCUGAGCUAGAGACGCUUGUCCGAGCGCACAGUGCCACGUCACCAGCCCACGAGAAAGUCUUACAGUGCAUUCUGGAUUGCCGUAAACCACCCGGUGACGAAGCUGGAAAGACCUCAACAAAGAGGGCAGCAGAGCGGGUUACUGUCAAGGUGGAAAAGAGCGACCCUGACGCUAUGGAAACGCAACCUUUGUGGCCGGAAAACGAUAGGAGUGGCGGUCCAGACAUCAAAACAGAGAUGCACAAAGAGAACAUCCGAGGCGUCUUAGAUCAACCUCCUAUCAAGAAACAGAAGAUGUAUAUUGGAGAUCUCAUCGGGAAACCAAAAGCCGGGCCACAGUCGUUGCUAUCGCUAUGGAGCGGUCGAAUCAACACCAUUCAUUCUAAGCGGCACUCGGAGUUCGCUGGGAGGUCAGAAUCAUCAGGCAAGGUCGCUGCUCUCUACCCCAACCUCAUGAAAGAAGAAAAAGAGAGUACAAAUGGAGAAGUGAAGAAGGAGAGGACAUCAUGACACGGGACAUCCUCGAAGACUGAACCCUGAAGACUGGUUUUUAUUUAACGUGAAGGGACUAUGCAGGGAGAGACUUAACUCAACAUGUCCAACUUGACAGAUUUAGGGUAUUGUUUUAUUUUAUACUUCUGGUUAUGAAACGAAGGAUGCCUCAUAAGUAAACUUAAAACUCUCAAGUCUGCAAGCCUGAGGAAACAAGAGUGCUUGCUUUGUGUACCAGAAGCACCAGGGGCCAAUUUCCUUGAGCUGCUUAAGCACAAAUUGUGCUUAAGCACGAAAAUAGCAUGCUUAUUUCACACUACCCUGAACAUCUGAGGUCAAACUUCGAGGCUCGUGAAUAACGCCAGAGGCUGGCCUCCAGCUGUCGUGUAUCUUCAACUUUCACCUACAUUCACUUCACAUACAGAUGGGCAGUCAAAUUUUACACCAACAUUACAUGCAAGUACAUUACAUGCAAGUACAUGCACAUGCAUGUACGUUAUUGUAUUUUGUAUCCAUAAUACACACGUGGACACAGCAUGCAGACGACCAAAAGUAAGCUUUCCAUAUCUUUGUUUUGAUUGGUCCGAGGUGAUUGCACCAACAUCACCCUAACC